UCAAGUCUUCUUCGUACAUAGCAUCGAGUCCGUCAGUGUCGGCGGAGCGAGAGCAGCACGAGGAGUGCAUCCUGCCCAACGACGAUGAUUUCAUCAUCAGUGAUGCCACGCCCCUCGCCCCGCCCCCGGCUCCGCCUGCCCCACUUCAGCCCCCGCCCACACCGCCCAAGUAUAAACCCAUCAUCUUGAACAACAUAGUAUGUAAACCAAUCAAGGCCUUGGAGGCACCGUUCAGAGUGACGGUCGGCAAGAGCAGUAGCACCACGUCUGGGACAGCGCCUAAAAUCAUUAUAAGGAAUUUCAAGUCGCCGCCGGCCGUAGUGUCGCACGUAGGCAAGGCGAGAGAUGUGCUCCUGCAGGCGGGCGCGGAUGCCAGCAGCGCGGCCACAGCGCUCGUGCCCGACACUAUACUUCCCAAUGACGGCACCAUCUGCUUGGACAGCGACGACGAGGACAGCGCAGUGGCGGGCGUGCCCCCCUCCCCCGCCCGCCCCGCCCCCGCGCCCGUGCCCGUGUCGCUCACCAGCGCGCAGGGCGUGGCGCUGCCACUGCCGCGCCUCAGCUCGGCGCCGCCGCACGUGCGAGCGGCCAGGCCACAGGCGAGCGUAGCUCAGCCGCAGCUGCUCGCCUCACUGCCGCAAAUGAGCUCCACGCCACUGCCGCAUUACAUCGCGUCACUGCCACAAAUGAGCCCUGCACCGCCGCAUUACAUCACUUCACUGCCACAAAAUAUGAGCUCUGCGCCGGCACAUUACAUCACUUCACUGCCACAAAUGAGCUCUGCGCCGGCACAAGUGGUCACGGCACUGCCGCAGCCAAGCGCGGCGCCUGGACACUUGCUGCAGGGAAGCAAGCAACAGCUCAUCCUGCGCCAGGUGGGCACCUCCAGCGACGGGGAAGCCAAAUAUGUGCUCAUGGCUGCCGAUUCACUUCCUUUGCCUGUCCUUCCAAAAAAUACUGAACCUACACCGAACCAUUCUUCAGUAGCUCCCGUCCAGUCGGCAACGUAUUCCACUCCUGCGGACACAGCAAAGACCACUCCCGAGAAAAAAGUGAACAUCUGCAAACCAGGUUCUAUAAUCCGAAUAACGAAAUCAGGAGCAGUCGAAAUAGUUAACCAGUCAAAGAACGACCAGCCGACCGAUACCAACAAGAAGGUACAACUUGACGGAGGACGCACUUCAGCAGCAGCACCACUUAAAACAAUUUCAGUUGCUCCUAAACCCUCGGCUGUUACCUUACCAAAGAAGACUAAUCAGAUCGUUGACGGAACACCAUCGAUUGAUCUCACAAAUUCAAUUAUUUCAGCUACUCCAAAGACAACUGUUCACAAUUCUGCAUCUAUUGACUUAACUUGUUUUGAUACACCAUCAUCAAUUACUCCGAAAACUUGCACGUCUACCUCGAGUAAACCGGGCCCUAGUCUACAUAAAACUCGCCAAUCCAGUAGUUCGAGCAGCAGUAACAGCUCCCGCGCCGCCAGUCCAGACAACCCUCUGUCCAUACUAAAGGACGUCAUACAUAUCAAGGCUGCCGACUAUCCGGAAAAACCAUCCAAGCCAGAUCCACUAAACCAACAAAUAAAUCCUAUCUCGAGAAUACGUAAACAGCCCAACAUAUCUGUGGAGCACGUGGUUGCAGCCGACUCUAAGAGUAAAGCCGGACCUGCCGCGUCUGCUGGUCUGAAGCUCACCCAAGUGCCCAAGGAUAAAGUUCCCAAGUACUUGACCGAAGCUGUCGAGAAAAAGUUGAAAAAGGAAAUGCUAAUGAAAAAAAUUAUGCCUUUGUUGGGUAAAGAUACACCAAAGAGUCGAAACACCUCGAAUGUUCGUGAGAAAACUGUUGUAAGUUUUGAUAGUUUUGUUAAUGCAAGCAAAUUAUCAAGUACUGCUAGUAAAUCCAAUACAAAAGUAUCUGAGAGCAAACCUACCACGUCACGCGCAGAGACUGUGGAUCUAACCAACAUAUCUGCGACAUCUGUGAAACCUAAAACUGAAGUCAAGAAACGUCAGUCGGCGACUGUAACCGUCACUCCGGUUAAGAAGAAAAAACCUGCACCAAUGACGCUCAAGGAUUUCGAUUUGGACGACAUCGAUGAUAUCAUUGAACUGGAUUAAACUGCGGACUUCAUAAACCAAGACUAAACUAGACCCUAGAUUAACACUUAGCCAAUACGGUGAGUGUAACUCCCGAAUUAACACUUUAAUAAAAUAUAUUUGUAUCGUAAAAAGGGUUACUGCCAUGUACCUCUACUAUACAACCAUAAUAGAAAAAAGUAAUCUCAACAGGCACAAAAAAUAUGUGUACUUGGUAAAAUUGUUGUAUGUAUUCAUACUAUUUGUUUCAAUACAGACACUAACACAUUAUGGCAGCUUAUAAUAAGCUAACAGCAUGUCUAAAUACUACAGUAUGUAAUUGCUAAUGAUUUCAAAGGGUAAAUGGAGAGGAAACAGUGUUAUCGAUAGUAAUUAUUUUUCUUUACAUGGUUAAUACCUUUUAACAACAUACUUUUCAUUGCUAUGUAUAAAAGGAAUUGCAAAGCAAGUUUCCUAAAAUUCGUGAUGGGUCAACAGAGUAUUCCGAAUCAAGUAAUGUGUUUCUAACUGAAAUAAUACUGACUCGAAUAAUAAGAGAUAUUUUACCUCUUCAAAACGUUUAUGAAGAUUCAGGUAACAUUCACCUUUUGUCUUAUGUAACUUUUGUCAUUUGAAUUGGUUUGAUUAUCUACCAUAAAAUAAAUUAUAUUAAAAGCUUGAGUUCAUCUACAACAAAUUGUUUAGUGACUAAUAUAGCUUCUUCGUUGUGUAAUCUUAUAAAGUAGUAUAAUUUUCUACUACAAUAUUUUGCUAAAGCAAAAGAUAUGUAUAGUUAAUCUUUCUACUGUUUGUUUCACAUAAAUGAUGUGGCUCAUUUAUUGAUUAAUUGCACAUGAUACAAUGGUUGUUCAAGUUUAGGAGACGCACGCAAAACUCAGUAAGUUUUGCGUUUAUUUUGACUGAAAUUCAUACUGUUUGUGUUUUAAAUUUCUCACAAUAUUUGGAAAUUGUAUCUUGUUAACAUAAGUGUUGGGGUAAAAAAUUUCUAAAUAUCUUGUAUAUUAGUGUUGCCUCUAAAUCAAAAGUGCUAUUUGAUGUUCAUAGUUCCAACUGGCAGAGGUUAAGUACAGUUGUCUACGUUCUGAUUGUGAUAAAUUUGUUUCUUUUACCUGUGAGAAUUUGAUUGUGUGUCCUAUUUGAUUUAUUCAUAGUGAUUAUAUUAAUGGCAGAGUAAAACAUAACUUAGAUGUUAGUGUAAGUAUUAUCGUGUAGGGAUAAACAUUACGUCUGACUUUAUAUUUAAAUAUGAACACGGAAAUAAUACAUCCGUAUCUCAGGUUCAGAUUUCAUUUAUGUUUUCUGUAAAUCUAUUAAAAGAUUAAGUUUUUGUGUAUUUUAUUUAGGGAUAUGCUUGACCAUGUGCCAAUUCAGACUCAGCUUUUAGUUAUAUGGGCCAUUGGUACAUGGGCUAUAACUGAGUUCAAUAUGGCCUCAGAGCAAUAAUCAUUCACAUGUCACACGUGUUUGAAUACAUCUCAAUUUAAUUUAGUGAUAACCACAUUUUAUUUUUAAUCUCCUGGCAAAGAAAUGCUAUGUUACGUUUUAUAAAUAACUAGAUGUAAGCUAACAAAUAAAUAGAAACGAAUUAUUUGUGUUUCUGUUCUAUGAUUCAUGAAAAUAAAAGCCAAAUGAUUAUCGCAA